AGGUAAGUUUAAACUAACAAAGGAAUUGAUAAAGUAUUAAAACAGUUAGUAACUACAAAUUUAUUUUAAUUAUAGUAAAAUAAAAUAAAAAAAUAAUUAUGAAAUUAUUAAAUUUACUGUCUUCUCUCACUAUUUUUGGAGUAGUAUGUGGUUUUAAGUUUCAACUCCAAACAUAGUCAAACUACUGUAUCUAUCCAUAUCAUUAUAUCAGAACAAAGAAGCAGAGGACUCACCUUCAAACAAUGGCCAAUCUUUAUCCAGCAAUUAUAAUCCUUUUCCUGUUCCUACUCGUCCCCACCCAAUCCAAUCACCACAAGUCACCACAAACAAUUUCCGUCACCGACUUCGGCGCCACCGGCGAAGGCCUUCGCUACGACACCGCCGCAAUCCAAUCCGCCAUCGACGCUUGCUCUGGGUGCGGAAGAUGCCGCGUCGUUUUCCCUCCGGGUACUUACCUCACGGCCACGCUCCGCCUCAAAUCCGGCGUCGUAUUGGAAGUUGGAGUGGGCGCGACUAUACUCGGCGGCACUAGGAUCAAGGACUACCCUAGGGAGCAAUCGAAGUGGUACGUGGUGCUGGCGGAGAAUGCCACCGAUGUGGGGAUCACCGGCGGCGGAGUGAUCGACGGGCAGAGCAUGGCGUUUGUGGAGAGGUUCGAUGUGAGGAAGAAUGUGAUGGUGAGCUGGAAUCGCACCGGGGCCUGCUCCGGGGACGAGUGUAGGCCCCGGCUGGUUGGAUUCAUUGGUUGCAAAAACGUUGUCGUUUCGAACGUUAUCCUAAACAAGCCCGCUUACUGGUGUUUGCACAUAGUACGGUGUGAAAACAUAUCCAUUAAUGAUGUUUCAAUCUAUGGAGAUUUUAACACACCAAAUAAUGAUGGUAUUGACAUUGAGGAUUCAAAUAAUACAAUUAUUACAAGAUGCCACAUCGAUACAGGAGAUGAUGCUAUCUGUCCCAAGACAUCUACUGGCCCUCUUUAUAAUUUAACUGCAACAGACUGUUGGAUUAGGAGCAAGUCUUCAGCCAUCAAAUUGGGUAGUGCUAGUUGGUUUGAUUUUAAGGGUCUGGUGUUUGACAAUAUUACUAUUGUAGAUUCUCACAGAGGACUGGGACUUCAGAUACGUGAUGGAGGAAAUGUAAGUGAUGUAACCUUCUCAAACAUUAACAUCAACACAAGAUACUACGAUCCAUCAUGGUGGGGAAGAGCAGAGCCUAUUUAUGUGACUACUUGCCCAAGGCACCCAAACUCAAAGGAGGGCUCAAUCUCUAACAUAAACUUUGUCAACAUCACUGUGAAUUCUGAAAAUGGCAUCUUUUUAUCAGGCUCUGAAGGUGGAGCACUAAGUAAUCUGAGAUUCAUAAACAUGAAUGUAACUUAUGAAAGAUGGACAAAAUAUGAUGGUGGACUGGUAGACUACAGACCAGGAUGCCAAGGACUAGUACAUCACAGCUCAGCUGGGUUGUUGAUGGAACACAUAAAUGGAUUAGAGGUUGAAAAUGUUAAUAUGAGAUGGUCUGGUGCUCGAUCAAGGCGGUGGAAUAUACCUCUUAAUUUCAAGUCUGCAACUGUAAAUAACAUAUCCAUGCUUAAUUUCCAUACUGGUUUGUUCAAACAGUGAAGAUAUAAAAGAGAUUAAAAGAGGCUUACGAUAAUGCCACUUUUUCAACUGUUGUGAAAUACACUAUUUAAAGCGAAAUUCUGAUAUUUUUCCAUGAAAUCUGCAAGGGUAUUUGUAAAAUCAAUACAGUUCAUUGUACAGAAAAGAUUGCAAUGCUCUUCAAAAUUUACAUGAUCA